AGCCAGCGGUGUCUCCAGCCAGACCCCGAGCGCACACAGAAUGAAUAUAUUUUUCAAUUUGAGGGGAACGAUGGUGAGACAAAUAGAGGACAGCGCACUUGCAGAGGCAGCCAUGAGCCCUCCACGCCGGCCAUCGAGCCCUCCACGCCGAUCCUCCAGUUCCCAUGAUGACAGCAGGCCCUCCGCUGAGACCCUGCAGAGGAACAACAGCAGCAACUCCGGCGUUAUUCUGGACAUCUCGGCUCUCAAGAUGGCGGAGGUGGACACGGAGGUGCCUCCUCUUCCGCCUCGCUAUCGCUUCAGGGAUUUGCUCCUGGGGGACCAGAACGACGACAGGGUGCAGGUGGAGUUCUACGUGAAUGAAAACACCUUCAAGGAGAGGCUGAAGCUCUUCUUCAUCAAAAACCAAAGGUCAAGCCUGAGAAUCCGCAUGUUCAACUUCUCGCUGAAGAUUCUCACCUGUGUCCUCUACAUAGUGAGAGUCUGGCUGGACGUCCCCAAGGAGGGCGACACCGUGAACUCAUGCCCAAUAUAUCGGAGCAGCAACAACAGCUACCACAACAGCACAGCAGACUCGGCAGGAAUCGACUGGUCGUUGAUUUUCUGCGUUAGCAGACGGGAACCUGUGUGGGCGAUACAGGUGACGGUGGCCUUAAUCAGUUUCUUGGAGACCGUGUUGAUCACAUAUCUCAGCUACAAGGGGAACAUUUGGGAGCAGAUCUUCCAGAUAUCCUUCAUAUUGGAGAUGAUCAAUUCAGUGCCAUUUAUAAUUACAAUCUUCUGGUCUCCGUUGAGGAACAUCUUCAUCCCGGUGUUUCUGAACUGCUGGCUUGCCAAAGGUGCCCUGGAGAACAUGAUUAAUGACUUCCACCGUGCCAUCCAGAGGACCCACUCGGCCAUGUUCAACCAGGUGUUCAUCCUGAUCUGCACCUUAAUGUGUCUGGUUUUCACCGGAGCCUGUGGGAUCCAGCAUCUGGAGAGAGCCGGGAAGCACCUGACCCUGUUUGACUCCUUCUAUUUCUGCAUCGUCACCUUCUCCACCGUGGGCUACGGCGACGUCACGCCGCAGAUCUGGCCCUCCCAGCUGCUGGUGGUCAUCCUCAUCUGCGUGGCGCUGGUGGUGCUCCCACUGCAGUUUGAAGAGCUGGCGUACCUGUGGAUGGAGAGCCAGAAGCUGGGCGGCAACUACAGCCGCCACCGGGCGCAGACGGAGAAACACGUGGUGCUGUGCGUCAGCUCGCUGAAGAUCGACCUGCUGAUGGAUUUCCUCAACGAGUUCUACGCUCAUCCCAGAUUACAGGACUACUACGUCGUGAUCCUGUGUCCGACGGAGAUCGACAUUCAGGUCCGCCGGAUCCUCCAAAUCCCCCUGUGGUCCCAGAGGGUCAUCUACCUUCAGGGAUCUGCCCUCAAAGACCAGGACUUGAUGAGGGCCAAGAUGGACGAUGCCGAGGCCUGCUUCAUCCUCAGCAGCAGGAACGAGGUCGACCGGACUGCCGCUGAUCAUCAGACUAUUUUGAGGGCUUGGGCUACGAAGGAUUUUGCUCCGAAUUGCCCUCUCUACGUCCAGAUACUCAAACCAGAAAAUAAAUUCCAUGUUAAAUUUGCAGAUCACGUCGUCUGUGAAGAGGAGUUCAAGUACGCCAUGUUGGCGCUGAACUGCGUGUGUCCCGCCACGUCCACCUUAGUCACUCUGCUGGUUCACACCUCCAGAGGACAGGAGGGGCAGAUGUCCCCGGAGCAGUGGCAGAGGAUUUAUGGACGCUGCUCUGGGAACGAGGUCUACCACAUACGCGUGUGUGACAGCAAGUUUUUUGGGGAGUAUGACGGAAAGAGCUUCACCUACGCCUCCUUCCACGCCCAUAAGAAGUACGGUGUGUGUCUGAUCGGAGUGAAGAGGGAGGACAACAAGAGCAUCCUUCUGAACCCGGGCCCCCGCCACAUCAUGGCCGCCGCCGACACAUGCUACUACAUCAACAUCACCAAGGAGGAGAACUCGGCCUUCAUCUUCAAAGAGGAGGAGAAGCACAACAAGGGCCUGUCCGUCAGCGGCCUCUACGACGCCCCCCCCAGGCUGCCGGUGCACAGCAUCAUCGCCAGCAUGGUUGAUCAGGCCACUGCAUAUGGCACCGUGGCCAUCGACCUCCAGAACCCCGAUCCCCCCGAGGAGAGCGGCAAGCUGAGCCUGCCGACGGAGAACGGCUCCGGGAGCCGCCGGCCGAGCAUCGCGCCCGUCCUCGAGAUCGCCGACUCCUCCGCCAUCCUGCCCUGCGACCUCCUCAGCGACCAAUCGGAGGACGAGACCAACCAAUCGGACGAGGAGGGCUCCAUCGGCUCAGAUUUCGUGAAGGGCUACCCGCCUAACUCGCCCUACAUCGGCAGCUCGCCGACCCUCUGCCACCUGUUGCCGCAGAAAGCUCUGUUCUGCUGCCUCCGCCUCGACAAGGGCUGCACACACAGCAGCUUUGAGGACGCCAAAGCGUACGGCUUCAAGAACAAGCUGAUAAUCGUGUCCGCGGAGACGGCGGGGAACGGCCUCUACAAUUUCAUCAUCCCGCUGCGCGCUUACUAUCGGCCCAGGAAGGAGCUCAACCCCAUCGUGCUGCUGCUGGACUACCAGCCAGACAACCACUUCCUGGAGGCCAUUUGCUGCUUUCCAAUGGUUUACUUCAUGGCUGGAACGAUUGAUAACUUGGACAACCUUCUUCAGUGCGGCAUCAUCUACGCCGACAACCUGGUGGUGGUGGACAAGGAGAGCACCAUGAGCGCCGAGGAGGACUACAUGGCCGACGCCAAGACCAUCGUCAACGUCCAGACCAUGUUCAGGUUGUUCCCCAGCCUCAGCAUCAUCACUGAGCUCACGCACCCGUCCAACAUGAGGUUCAUGCAGUUCAGAGCCAAGGACUGCUACUCGCUCGCUCUCUCCAAGCUGGAGAAGGUGGAGCGCGAUAAGGGCUCCAACCUGGCCUUCAUGUUCCGGCUGCCGUUUGCCGCGGGCCGGGUGUUCAGCAUCAGCAUGUUGGACACGCUGCUCUACCAGUCGUUCGUGAAGGACUACAUGAUCGCCAUCGCCAGGCUGCUGCUGGGCCUGGACACCACGCCCGGCUCCGGGUACCUGUGUGCCAUGAAGAUCACGGAGGAGGAUCUGUGGAUCAGGACUUACGGCCGGCUGUUCCAGAAGCUCUGCUCCUCCAGUGCCGAGAUCCCCAUCGGCAUCUACCGCACCGAGUCGCACAUGUUCUCCACCGCCGAGAGCAAGGACAGUAACGCACAGUCCCAGGUGUCCGUCAACAUGCAGCAGGGCGAGGAGCAGCGCGAGCGAGGGGAGUCCUGGAAGGAGAAGAAGGCCCACAGGAACUCCACCACCAGCGACCAAUCGGAGCACCCGCUGCUGAGGAAGAAGAGCAUGCAGUGGGUGCGGCGGCUCAGCAGGAAGACCACCAAGCCGUCCAGCCGGGCCGAUCGCAUCUCACAGCAGAGGCUCAACCUGUACCGGCGGUCGGAGCGCCAGGAGCUGAACGAGCUGGUCAAGAACCGCAUGAAGCACCUGGGCCUGCCCACCGUGGGAUACGAGGAUGUUUCUAAUCUCACUGCGAGCGAUGUCAUGAAUCGAGUAAAUCUAGGAUAUUUGCAAGACGAGAUGAACGACCACCAGAACACGCUGUCCUACGUCCUCAUCAACCCGCCUCCUGACACCGUGCUGGAGCUCAACGACGUUGUGUACAUCAUCCGGUCCGACCCGCUGGCUCACAUGCCGGAGGACUCGCAGGGGGGUCAGACACCCGGCACCAGGAACCGGCAGGACUUUGGCACAGAGACGAGGGACGAGACUCACCUCUGAAGCCU